AUGAUGUUUCCUUACUUCAACCAGCUUCAUCUGCCUGUUGGUGACAGCAUUUGCUUUGAUUGGAUUAGUCGAAGGGCUGAUAAGUGCAAGACUGAGCUAAGGGACCAAAUGGAUUGUCCUGAGGCAGAAUUACUGGUUAUGGUGAAGGCAUCUCCAAAAAACGGAUAUGUUAAGGGUGACAUUGCAGGAGUCCCAGCUUACAGUGCAGUUGAGAAAGAUACUUUAAAAUCACCUCCUUCAGAAAACAAGACUAUGAAAACUGCCUCAACAAUAGCAGUCAUUGCUACAACAACUUUCUACCUCUGCUGUGGAGGCUUUGGUUAUGCAGCUUUCGGAGAAAAUACACCGGGGAACCUAUUGACAGGAUUUGAUUUUUUUGAACCGUAUUGGCUUGUUGAUCUUGCUAAUGCUUGUAUCGUGCUUCAUCUAGUUGGUGGCUAUCAGGUUUUCACUCAACCAUUAUUUGCAAACAUUGAAAGCUGGAUUGCUAAGAACUACCCAAACAGCAGAGUUAUAGGUAAAAAUUUCACCUGCAAACUGCCAUGGUUGCCAGCUUUCCAACUAAACCUCCUCAGGCUAUGUUUCCGAACAAGCUACGUCGUAUCAACAACGACAAUCGCAAUGAUCUUUCCUUACUUCAACCAGGUUAUUGGACUGUUAGGAGGGUUGAAUUUGUGGACCUUAACUAUAUGUUUCCCUGUGGAGAUGUACUUCAAGCAGAGAAAUGUUGAAGCAUGGUCAACUAAGUGGAUCAUGCUUCGAGCCUUUAGCAUUAUUUGCCUCUUUUUGUCAGCAUUUGUUUUGAUUGGAUCAAUUGAAGGGCUGAUGAGAGCAAGAUUAGAUUCUGUACGGGGAAGGUUGUUAUUAAUCAAGAAACCUGACCCAACUAAUGCUGCUGGAUCAGCUCGUUGGUUGGUCUCCCAGAAUUCGUGGGGUGUCUUGAAUACUAUAUCAAGUGAUUUGGGAGGAGCACCUUUUGGGAAUGUUGUUUCAUUUAGUGAUGGCCCCCCUGGCAAAGGUAGAGGCAUCCCAUACUUUUAUUUGACUACUCUUGAUCCAACUGCGAAAAAUGCAUUGCAAGACCAGAGGUCUUCAUUUACCAUCAGCGAAUACAGUUUAGGAACUUGUGGAAAGAAAGACCCUGAGAACCCCAGUUGUGCAAAAAUUACGUUGACCGGAAAGGUACUAAAAGAAAAAUCCAAGGAAGCAGAAAUAGCUAGAAGCGCCCUGUUUACAAAGCAUCCAGAGAUGAAGGGUUGGCCUAAGGGUCACAACUUCCAGUUCUUCAAAUUAGACAUCGAGGAUAUAUUUUUGAUCAAUUGGUUCGGUGGUCCUAAGCCUCUCACAGUUGAUCAGUAUCUACAUUAUAAAGUGUGA